AUGGCUGAAUACUACGAAACCCUUCCCACAGCGUUGAAGCCGUACCACUACGACAUCUCCAUCAGCCAGAUCGACGUGGACGACGACUCGUUCUUCGGAAAGGCCCUCAUCCACUUCGAGGUGUUGGAGGCUACCGAUGAGUUGCACUUGAACUACCGUGAGUUGUACGUCAACAAGGUGGUCAUUUCUGCCGACAAGGACAUUCCCGUGAUAGGCAUCACCGAGUACAAGGAAAAGGAGUACUUUGUCAUCAAGUUCGACCAGCCUGUGCGCCCAGGAAAGCUCCAGGCGUUGGUGGAGUACCAGGGCAAAAUCACCUCCAACAUGAUGGGUUUCUACAAGUCCGAGUACGUGGAGAACGGCCAGAACCGUAUCAUGUUGUCGACCCAGUUCGAGGCGACCGACGCCCGCAGAGCGUUCCCAUGCAUCGACGAGCCAGCAUUGAAGGCCACCUUCAAGCUCGACAUCACCGCCAGAAGUGACUGGACGGUGUUGGCCAACACGCCAGUGGCGCGUGAAACCGCACACGGUGCAUUGAAGACAGUGGAAUUUGAGCUCACACCCGUGAUGUCCACCUACUUGGUGGCGUGGGCAUUGGGAGACUUCGAGUACAUCGAGUCGUUCACGUCCACCACCAAGGUCGGUGGCAAGCCGAUCCCUGUUCGCGUCUACACCACCAAGGGCUACCUUGAGAGCGCCCAGUUGGCCCUGGAAAUCGCUCCAAAGAUCUUGGACUACUUCUCACAGGUGUUCGAGAUCGACUACCCAUUGCCCAAGUUGGACCUCAUGGUAGUCCACGCCUACUCCCACAACGCCAUGGAAAACUGGGGCUUGAUCACCUACAGAAGCACGGCGUUGUUGUACGACGAAAAGACCUCCGACUCGUCCUACAAGCAGAAGGUGGCCUACGUGAUUGCCCACGAGUUGGCCCACCAGUGGUUCGGCAACUUGGUCACCAUGAAGUGGUGGGACGAGUUGUGGUUGAACGAGGGCUUUGCCACCUGGGUGGGCUACUGUGCUGUGGACUACUUGUAUCCAGAGUGGGACAUUUUCUCGGGCUUCGUGUCGGAGUCGUUGCAGAAGGCCCUCAGCUUGGAUGGGUUGAGAAACUCCCACCCCAUCGAGGUGCCUGUAGUCGACGCCUUGGACAUCGACCAGGUCUUCGACGCUAUCUCCUACUUGAAGGGUGCGUCUACCAUCUUGAUGAUUUCCAACUACUUGGGCACUGAGUUGUUCUUGAAGGGUGUCGCCUUGUACUUGAAGAGAAACAAGUUCGGCAACGCCACCUCAUCCGACUUGUGGAACUGCAUCAGCGAAGUCUCCGGAAAGCCUGUGGGCCAGUUAAUGGCCUCGUGGAUCAAGAAGGUGGGUUUCCCCAUCGUCAAUGUCGACUUCGACCUGUCGUCCCAAAGCUUGGUGUUGAAGCAAUCCAGAUUCCUCAACAGUGGUGAUGCCACCGAAGAGGAAAACCAGACCAAGUGGUGGAUUCCCUUGAACAUCAACACCGAUGCCAACAUCAGAGACACUGUGGACUGCUUCGAGAGCGAAACCUUGAUCAUUGACAACUUCCCAUUGGCCAACGAUUUCUUCAAGUUGAACAAGGAGUCCAGUGGUGUUUUCAGAGUCAACUACUCACCCCAAAUUUUGGAGAACAACAUCUUGCCUUUCCUCAACAUCAUGUCCACCAAGGACAGAGUGGGUUUGAUUGCUGACUCUACUGCCAUCGCCGUUGCCGGAGGCUCCACCACCUCAUUGUUGAAGUUGUUCCAAACCAUCGCAGAAACAAAGGAAUUGGAAAACGACUACGUUACUUGGUUGGAAUUGGGUCAAAGCUUGGAACAAGUCGCCAGUGCUUUCUCUGGCACCAACAAGGAAAUCAAUGCGGGCUUGAAGAAAUUCAAGACUGCUAUCUACAAGCCCCAAGCCUUGAGAUUCAUCACAGAGUACAAAUCGGGCAACGUGGACAAGUCUGACUUCAACUUGUGCAAGUUAAGAUCCAACAUUUUGGACCAUGCUGCCACUCUUGCUAUUCCAGAAGUGGCCGAGUUUGCUUUACAAAAGUUCAACGAAUGGUCUGAAGGCAAAGAGGUCGAUCCCUCUUUGAAGUCAUUCAUUUGGACCGCUGUUGCUUCGUCAGAGUCGUUCACCAAGACACAGUACGAGGCCAUCUUAGACCAAGUGAUGUACCCAUCGACCAUUGAUGCCAGAGAAAUCGCUCUCGCUGCCUUGGGCCACAUUCAAGACGAUGAGCUCUCUACUGCCAUCAUGGGUGGUUUACUCAAGCCAGACAUUAUUCCUACCAUGAAUGCCAAUCAGUUGGCAGUCCCAUUAUCCUCCCAGCUUGCCACUAGAGACAAGUUCUGGAAGUUUUUCACCGAUAACUACGCCGAGCUCUUUGAAACCUUGUCUCCAAACAUGGUGGUGUUCGAAAGAUUUGUCAAGGAUACCUUGCGUAAUUACCAAAGCAUGGAAAAGCACGAUGAAAUACAAAAUUUCUUCAAGGGCAAGGUGCUCAGCGGGUUCGACAGAUCUCUCUACCAAGCUUUGGACACGGUAAAGACCAACGCAGCUUGGUUUGCUAGAGACGAAAAGGUUCUUGCUGAAUACUUACAAUAA